AUGACUGUGAGUCAGUAUGAGAGGAAGUUUGAGGAACUAUACAAAUUUGGUAGGAGGUAUGCACCAGAUGAGGCGAGUAAGGCAGAGCAGUUCAGACAGGGGUUGCUUCCUGCUAUAGCUACAUAUUUAGUGGGAAUGAGGUUGCAGACUUAUGCUGAUAUGGUGGAGACGAUCUUACAGUAUGAGAUGAGUUUCAGGGAGUCCCGGAGGUAUUGGGAUACGUAUAGAGGCCGAACAGCAUCUGUGGCAGGUACUUCCUCUAGAGGAGGUCAAAAGAGCAGAGGACCGAUGGGCAGAGACAGGAGGGACAGAGUGAAGGUCGAGGUAGAGAUCAGAGGCCACGAGGUGGCAGAGACUACACUAGAGCAUCCGAACUUUGUUGGGGGUAUGUUUCUUGUUUCAAAUUGUUGGGCUAGAGUGUUAUAUGAUUCGGGUGCUACUAGUUCCUUUAUCACAUCUUCAUUUGCAUUGGCUUUGGGGUUAGAGGUGAGACCGAUGAGGAGAACAAUAGUGGUAGAUUCGUCGUUCGGACAGUUCACUUGUAUUCAAGAUUGGUUGAUGGAGCAAAAAGCAGUUUUAGAUUUUUGGGAGAGGAGGAUUACUUUAAAUGCGCCUGGUGGGGUAGUGAUUCAAUUGAGGGGAUCGAGGGGUGUUCCUUGUCCACAUUUUUUGGACAACCCCUCCUACGCCGAUUGUUCAGUGGUGAGUUUGACUACUUCUACACCUAGUGGCGAGGUGAUUGCCCCGAUGCUUGUAGUGGAGGAGUUCAUGGAUGUUUUUCCUGAGGAUUUUCUAGGUCUACCUCCACGGAGGGAGAUAGAGUUUGUCAUUGAUUUGCUUCCGGAUACAAAGCCAAUUUCGAUUGCUUCGUAUCAUAUGGCUCCAGCAGAGUUGAGGGAGUUGAAGCACCGGUGUUAUUUGUGA